CCACCACCCUACCCUUACACGAGCGUGUGAAGGCGGCUUGUGCGGUUGGUGCAAGGAGUCGGCUCAUGGCAUCGUACCAGACCACCUUUCGGGUGGAGGUCAAGGAUGUGACGGCGGACCAGCAUACGCGGACAACCAAGGACAUCCAGUAUCGGAUGGGGAUGCAGAAGGACGAUGACACGUGGACGCUGUUCAAGUCGGAGAAGGAGGUUGAUGAGCUGACGAGUGAGCUCAAGAAGUCGCUCAAGGCGAACAAGCUCGAGGUGCCCAAGCUGAAGCCUGCGUCGAAAAAGGUGCUGAAGACGGACUCGGCCAAGGGCUCGCGGGCACGCGAGAUUGACGAGUUCUUUGUCAAGCUCUUCCGAGUCAUCGGCGGCUCGAACGCGCACUGGUACCCAGAGCUCCGGGCGUUUGCGGCGCUUGACGAGCACGGUAACUACAUGUAUGGGGCGGCGGCCAAGGCCGCGAAGGAGGCGGCCGAGGCUGAGGCCGCGGCAGCCGAGGCGGCCAAGGCCGCAGCCGAGGCCGAAGCAGCGGCCAAGGCAGCGGCCAAGGCGGCCGAGCCCAAGGCGAUCAUGGUGGUGCAGGCCAUUGCGCCGUACACCGGCCGGCCAGGCAAGCACGAACUGACCUUUGCAGCCGGCGACAUUAUCAAGAUCCUUGAAAAGACGUCGGCCAACUGGUGGCUGGGCAAGAUGGGGGACGCAAUGGGCUACGUGCCGGCGACAUACACUGCGCUCAUGGCGACAAUGGACGUGGCGAGCGACGGCCCUGCUGCAGCGCCAUCGUCGCCGCGCUCUCCGAUCGCCGGCGACGACGACACCGACGACGGCGACGACUCGGCCACCGUCGACGCAUGCUGGGUCUGUGACGAGCCGUUCGGCUCGGAGCGCUCGUGCAACGUCAAGGGCACUCCCGGCCAAGCUCAAGCAGAAAAGGCUCGCGCCGAGCAGUACCUCACCACCUCGAUGCUUGUCUCGGACUCGAAGAUGCUCGAGCAGAAGCUGGCGUCUGGCUCUGGUAACCUGAGCAUGCCGCGGAACGGUGGCGCUGGGCCGGCUCGCCGCGCGACCAUCACCCUCGACGACACCAACUCGGGCGCGGGUGGCAGCGGCAGCGAUGCACUCAACGCGUCGAUGCCCAACUCAGCGACAGGCCUUCCAGUGGCAGUGCCGGAGCUCGGCGACGGACUGGCGCCGUCGGGCGUCCUCACCGCCAACCCGAAGCUGAUGCACCUUGCGUCGGCGUCGUCGUCGUCGCUGCCGAUCAACGGUGGUGGGCGCGAGCGGAGCUCGACGGUGGUCACACCUGGGCGUGACCGCAUCGACUCGGUCGACUCGUCGGAAGACCUCAUGGCUGCUCUCUCGACGGCGGCGUCGUCGACGCCGCCGACGUCGUCAGCACUCUCGGGCCUCCCAGACCAUGCGUCGUGGGAGUCGGGCUCUGCGCUCUCCGAGUCGGCGGCGACUAACAGUGCGGCGGCAGCGGCGGCGCCGUCGGUCGAGCCCGAGCCUGAGGAGCCGUCGUGCAUUCUCGACCAGCCGGAUGUGUACAUGCGGACGCUGUUUGCCGGCUCGUACGUGUUUGACCUUGAAGCGCCGCAGGAACCCGAGGUCCACGUUUACGUGCAGGGCGACCGGGUCAUUGGCGGCGAGCUGCCGGGUCUGGUGGCGCAAGUACUCGAGACGGAAGACGCCGAGUUUGUGUCGGACUUUUUGUAUGUCCACUCGUCGUUCAUAUCGUCGACUGAGUUGCUGCGGGCGCUGAUGUACCAGAUCGCGCCGUUUGCUGUGCCGGACCACCGGCCGGAGCCUGUGCACCCCGACGGCCCGCCGGCGCAGUACGCCGAGAACGCGCUCUACGUGCUCACGGCUUGGGUCGCCGAACACUUUCCGGACUUUAAGAAGCAAGAGGGCCUCAUGGACCUGCUCAUCAGGUUCCACGUCACGGCGCUGCUCGGCUCGACGACGGUGACCAACGAGGGCAAGCAGUCGUUCUCACGGACGCUCGCCGAUGUGCAGAACUCGCGAAUGCGCGGCAUUGACAUCUUUGCACCAGCGUGGCAGCUCCCGCCAGGCGAGACGAACCAGAUCGAAUGGCCCUCGCUCGACGUGAGCGUCUUUGCCCAGCAGGCGACGCUGCUAGAGUACGAGAUCUUUGCCACCAUUGAGCCGCGCGAGGUGCUCUCGGGCAAGUGGGGCAAGAGCGAUACCAAGGGCGUGGCGGUCCACGUCACUCGCCUCAUCGACAUGUUCAACCUCAUGUCGCGCUGGGUCGUGUACGAAAUCCUGCGCCAGUCCAAGCUCAAGAAGAGGGUCGAGGCCGUGGUCAGGUUUAUUAACCUCGCCGAGCAGUUUAUGAUGCUCAAGAACUUCAACGGCGUACUGGAGAUUGUGUCUGGCCUCGGCGCAUCGGAAAUCCACCGACUCAAGAAGACUUGGGCCAAGGUGCCCGACGACAAGCAGCAGGUUCUCUCGUACCUCCGGGUACUCGUCUCGCGCGACAAGAACUUCAAGUUCCUCCGCGACAAGCUCCUUUCCACCUCGCUCCCGUGCCUUCCGUAUCUUGGCAUGUUCCUCACCGACCUUACCUUUAUCAUCGACGGCAACCGCUCCAAAAUCCGCGACGAAGUCAUCAACUACUCCAAGUGGCUCCACUGCGCGCGGGUUCUCAAGCAGAUGCGGACGUACCAGGAGGCUGUCUACGACAUCCCCAAGGACUACUACGUCUCGUACUUUAUCGAGAACUGCCUCCAAGGCAUGGAGGAGGCCGAGGCCUACGCGCUCUCGCUCAAACUCGAGCCACGCAAGUGA